AUGGAGAACUGCGUGAGAGGUCGAGCGGGAGGAAGGGUAAGGGAGGAGGCGGGUCCGUCGCUGCCCCUGCCUCCGCCGCCGCGCCUCGCGGCCGCGAAUUCCUCUAAUGCUGCUGCUGCUGCGGCGGCGACGGUGUCCAUCCGGGCGCACCUGGCGCGCACCGCGAGCGGGGUGGACGCGCAGCCGUCGCCGCGGUCGCUGCUGUCGCGCAUCCUGCUGCGUGGCGGGGACGGCGGGAGUGGCGGGGGAGGGUUCGGGUGCCGGGUGCGGCUGCCGCGGCGGUACGGCGGCGGCCUGAGGGAGGAACGGAAGGACGGCACCGAGCAGGGGGAGACUCCCCGGGUUAAGGUCGUGGAGCCGCCGCCACCGCCACCGCCGGAACUGCCCCUCGAGACGCCACGGAGUUCUUUAGGGAGGAAGAAACCGGAGGAGGAGCUGGUGUCCAUGAACCUGGGCCUGGGCGCCAGCCUGGUGCUGCUGCUGUCCAAGAGCGCCGUGGAGCUGAACAAGAUGGUGGAGCUGCGCGCGCAGAUGGAGGCGCUGGUGUCAGAGAUCAGGCAAGCCGCGCGGUGGAAGGAGGAGAAGCAGGCGAACCACCCUGCUGCGCCGUCCACCUCGCAGGAAUCCGACGGCAGCAGCGCCACCACGACCGCCGUGAAGGACCCGAUCGCGUUCCCCGCGGCCGACGCCGACGCCGCGUCCAACUGCUCCCGCACGGCGGCCGACAACGCGGUCGAAGGCCGCGCGGCCGUGGUCAUGGACCUGAUGGAGGCGGAGCUCCAGGCCGAGCUGAGCCGCAUGGAGCGCCAGCGCGGCGGUGCGGUGCACGGCCACGGCGGCGGCGACAACCGGAUCGCCCCGAUGGCAGGACUCGAGCUGCGUGGACAACGGCGACGACGGUGCAACAAGCACGACGACGAUGAUGAAGUGGACGGCAAUGGUGAGGAUGACGACGACGACGAGGAGGAGGAGGAGUACGAGGAGGAUGACGACGAGGAAGAUGGGGGUUACGGCGCGGACAGGAUGAGCCCCCCGCACGGCGGCGUGUCGGCGCGCGCGCUGGAGCGGCGGCUCCACGAGCUGCUGCAGAAGCGGCAGCAGGAUCGGAUCGUGGAGCUGGAGUCGGCGCUGGACAGCGCGCAGCGCAGGCUCCACGAGAAGGAGCGCGAGGUGGUGUGGUGGCGCGACGCCGCCAAGCUCGUCUCCCACCGCCGCGACGAGUCGCGCCGGAUCGCCAGGUAG